GUAUUAUCAUAAAGCAAGGCUGCCGUGUUGCAUUCACCGUUACAGCAGCCGUCCGAGUUGACAAUAUCUCUAGGCAAGUCCAAUCAGCUGCAUACGUAUAUGCGAUUAUAAUAUAUGCGAUUACUGCCUUUGUUGCCGUUCGCUUGAGAGAUCAUCUUCGACUUUCUCGGGCUGUCCUAGGCUCCUGCGCCUGUGCAAGUGCGCUAGCCAGCUAUUUGCACCACGUGACGUAAGCAAUGGGCGGCGCGACUGUGCGGGCCGGGCCGGUGCCUGGGCUCGCCUUUGACGACACCGGGGUGCCCUACCUGGAGCUGUUCCUGGGCUUCACCGUGGCGGUGUACCUGCUGCACACCUACCUGGACGUGCGGCAGCUGAGGGCGCUGCGGCGGCCGGAGCCCCCCGCCGCGCUGGCCGCGCUGUUCAGCGCCGAGCUGUACGGCAAGACGCAGGCGUACAGCCUGGACAAGUGGUGGUUCUCCACCUGGCACGGCCUGUACAGCACCGCGGAGACCCUGGCCGUGUUCGCCACCGGCGCCCUGCCCGCCGCCUGGCGCCUGGCCGGCAGCUUCCUGGCAGCUGCCGCCUCCAGCCGCUACUGGCCCGCCUCCCUGCUGGGUGGCCGCCCCGCGCCCGCCUGGCUCACUGGCGAGAUCUGCCACACCGUGGUCUUCAUCCUGGGCCUGUACCUGGCCAACCUGGCCCUGGAGCUGCCCUGGGGGCUGUACAGCACGUUUGUGGUGGAGCAGCGGCACGGCUUCAACAAGCAGACGGCGGGGCUGUACGUGUCGGACAUGCUCAAGCAGGUGAUGCUGGUGGCGAUCUUCGUGCCGCCCAUUGUGGGGGGCGUCACCUACAUCCUCAUGGUGUCCGGCCCGCUGUUGCCGCUGUACCUGUGGGGCUUCCUGUUCGGGCUGUCGCUGUUCCUCAUGACGCUGUACCCGGUGGCCAUUGCGCCGCUGUUCAACAAGUACGAGCCGCUGCCGGAGGGCACCCUUCGCACCAAGAUCGAGGCGCUGGCCGGCGGCCUCCGCUUCCCGCUGCGUAAGCUGUACCGCGUGGACGGCAGCCGCCGCUCCGCACACUCCAAUGCGUACAUGUACGGCUUCUUCAACAACAAGCGUAUCGUGCUGUACGACACGCUGAUCGGCCAGUGCAGCGAGGAGCAGGUGGUGGCGGUGCUGGCACACGAGCUGGGCCACUGGCAGCUGCGGCACACGCCCAUGCUGUUCGGUGUGAACCAGGUUGUGCUGCUGAGCCAGUUCUGCCUGUUCACCCUGGUGCGGAACAGCUCGGCGCUGCCCGCCUCCUUCGGCUUCCCCACCCCGGCCCCCGCCUUCAUCGCGCUCAUCCUUUUCCAAUUCAUUGUGUCGCCGCUGGACGAGGUCAUCCACUACCUGUCCAAUGUGGUCAGCCGCACAUUUGAGUUCCAGGCCGAUGCGUUCGCAGUCAAGACAGGCCACGGCAGCGACCUGCGCGCGGCCCUUCUGCGCAUGGAGGAGGAAAACAAGGGCGCCAUGCACGUGGACUCCUGGUACAGCGCCUACCACUACUCCCACCCGCCGCUGGUGGACCGGCUGGCAGCCAUUGACGCGGGGGCGGCGGCGGCAGCCAAGAAGGGGCAGUAGCGGCAGUAGCGGCAGCAGCAGGGGAGCGCCAGGGCAGGUGGACGGCAGUAGCAGCAGGAGCAGGAGGAGGAUGGAGGCGGAUGGAGGCGGAGGACUGAGGAGGAGGAGCAGGAGGAGCGGCUGGAUGUCCGGUGGUGUGUCAGGGCGGGAGCGAGGGUGGGUGCGGGGCGGCGCUAGCGAGAGUGCAUGGGGGACUGCAGCAGCAGCAGCAGUAGCAGGAGGGGGGAGGAGGAGGAGGAGCCUGGGUGCUGCUGCGGGCCGGCCGGGUCGCGGUGUGCAUCGGGGCGGCGGCGCGCGCAAGGCGGGGGCGGGGCGGGGCGGGAAGGGGGCCAGGCAGGAUUGACUUCAUAGAUACGCGCAUUACGGUAUCUAUGUUAUUCAUCCGUAAGUCGGUACUGUAAAACGAUACAAUC